CUUCAUUGUCUGCCUACCCUUCACUAACAGACAUUGUCUACAUCUUCAUUGACCAUAGAGCAGCUUCAAAGAAACAACUUUUUACUGUAUCUCUGUACCGUCUCUUUGUGUGACUCAUUAAUCUUCUAUUCUUCCCUUUUGGCCUAUCUGAAAAAGUUCAUCUUUUUCACAAAAAAACACACCUCCAUAACUUCCCAAAACUCCUAAUUCCAAGUCGGUUUUUCUCUGAGUUGAAAGAUGGAAGUGCACUGUGAUCUUGAAGUCGACGUCAAUGGACAAGAGGUUUUCAUGGUUGAUAAGAAAACUCUAGCAUCUUUCUCAGGAAAAUUCAGCAAAUUGUUCAGUAGCAUGACGGGUCGUUCAAAGAACCUCAAGGUGAUAUUUCAUGACUUUCCUGGAGGCGCAGAGGGUUUUGAGCUUAUUUCAAGGUUCUGCUACAACAAUGGCAAAGCUGAGAUAACUCCCUCCAAUUUGGUCCUGCUAAAUUGCGCUGCAAGGUUUAUGGAAAUGAAGAAUAAUGGCUCUAGACCAAGCUUAAUAGACCAAACAGUGAAGUCUCUUGAAGGUAUUAGCUUGUGGACUUGGUCUGAGCUCCUAGUAGCUUUGAGAGAGUGCCAAGAUUUACUUCCUGCCUCAAGUUCAUUAAUACUUGAGAAAGUUUUGGAUUGUGUUAUAGGAAGGCUUGCCUUGCCUAUUGCUGCAAGUCCUUGCACAUUUUCCUCAGAGAACUCAAGCUUCCAGGGUUCAUGUGAUACAAGGAGCAGCUACAGUAUGAGAAACAACCAUUCUCAAGCAUCUUGGUGGUUUGAGGACUUUCUGUUUUUGAAUAUUGAUUUGAUUGAAAAGGCGACUAUGAUGAUGUUAUCACAUAAUCUCGAUCAUGCUACUAUCAGUAAGUUCCUCUUAUAUUAUCAAAAAUCAAGAUUUCUUAGUGCCACGCCAGUUGAGAAGUGCAGAAUCACGGAGGUCACUAUCUGCCUUCUUUCUUUGCUUGAUAGGAGCUCCCUCUCUUGCAAAGUCUUAUUUCUUAUUUUCCAUCCGGCUUCAAGCCUGAGAAUAAGCAAAUGUCACAAAAGAAAGCUGGAGAAUCUGAUUGGUUCACUUCUGGAUCAAGCAACAAUAGAUCAUCUGCUCAUCCCAUCUCCACGUAGGAAGGGUUAUAUGUAUGAUGUGAAUUUGGUUCUGAGGCUAGUAAAGGCAUUUAGGCUUGAAGGCAGUUGUUGGUUAUCCCCAACUCGAUUAAUAAAAGUCUCCAGAUUGGUUGACUCAUUCCUUGUGGAAGUCGCAGCUGAUGCUCAUCUGAAACCUUCCAAGUUUGCAGCAUUGGCCAUGCUGCUACCAGAUUCUGCAAGAGAAUCUCAUGAUAGGCUGUGUCAUGCCAUGGACAUGUAUCUUGAGGUCCAUGGUGGAUUGUGUGAAGAAGAGAAGAUUGGAAUCUGUAGUGCACUAAACUAUGAGAAGCUCUCAAGAGAUGCAUUGAAGCAUCUAGCUCUAAACUCCAAUUUCCCUUCAAGAAUAUCUGUUCAAGCUUUUAUCAAUCAGCAAUCCAAGCCCAAAAACUUAUUCAAUGACAAAAACUUCCUCAAAACCUCUACCAGUUCCCUUUCUGCUCAAGAAAGUAUGGAUCGUAGAGACGAUAUUGAACAAAUUCUUCUUUAUGCAAAAAGGGUUAACUUUACCAGGAAAAAUGAGAUGCUUGAAGCAAAGUUGCAGGGAAACCAAUGGAGGGCAACAGAACUGAAGAACUUUUGUGGGACUACGCAGACCCAGAUGGGAAAUAUCACACGACCAAGAUUGUCUUUGUCUGGUCUAGGCAACAAUACUAGAUUCUUACCGAAGAUCUGCCCUUGAAAUUCGACUACUGCCUCUAAUUUUUGUAUGUUUUUUUCUCAGCAUCACCUCCCGUAGUGAUCUGUAUAGUAUGAAGUUCAAUUAAUGUAAAUUUAAAUUUAUUUUUGUCAAUUAAGUUUGAUUUAUCUCCGAAGUUAGAUUAAUGAUUGUAAUAUAAGGGCGAUAUCAUU